CAAAGCAAUAGCAAAAACAACCAGCUAAGAGUAUUUCUAGUAUAUCAUAAUGAAAGGAUUUCAUUGUUUUCUUGUUGCUUUCACCCUCUUGGCUUUUGCUUGCUCAUUGGCCAUGGCCUCCGAUCCCAGUCCUCUCCAGGACUUUUGUGUGGCUGUCAAGGACAUCAAAGAUGGAGUGUUUGUAAAUGGUAAAAUCUGCAAAGACCCAAAGCUUGCAUUUGCGGAUGAUUUCUUCUUUUCAGGCCUAAACAAGGCAGGGAACACAUCUAAUCCAACUGGAAUUAGUAUCACCCCUGUUGGUGUUGAUGAAAUACCAGGACUCAACACUCUCGGCAUAUCUCUAGCUCGAAUCGACUACGCCCCAAAUGGCCUUAACCCUCCUCACACUCAUCCUCGAGGAACCGAGAUCCUAGUCGUCAUCCAAGGCACACUUUACGUCGGCUUCGUUACAUCGAUCCCUGACUACCGUCUCUUCACUAAAAUCCUAAACCCCGGAGAUGUUUUCGUUUUCCCCAUGGGUUUGAUUCAUUUCCAGUUCAACAUAGGGAAAUCUGCGGCUGUUGCAUUUGGUGGCCUCAGCAGCCAGAAUGCUGGGGUUAUAGCCAUUGCCAAUGCAGCCUUUGGCUCGAACCCAUCGAUCAACCCAGAUGUUCUGGCCAAGGCCUUCCAGUUGGACAAGGAUGUGGUUAAAGAUCUUCAGUCUAAAUUCUAAUCGGGUUAACAAGCACAUUACGAGCUAUAUCAAAACCCUACGAGUUCGUUUCACUUGUUUCAAAUGAUGUUUGCAUGCAUUUUGGUUAUUGAAAUCAGAGUAUUCUGCCAAGUACCAUGUAAUAAACAGACUGGUUUAUAAUGUACCUCUCCAGUCCAGUCUCCUCUCUCUUCGUAAUCA